GAUCCAUUCCUCCGCCUAUCACCAAAGGGGAUAAGUCCUAGGUAGGUUAGCCAAAGUCCUGGGCAAAGGAUGGCAAUUCCAAUUAGAUAGGAUUUAGAAUUCCAUAAUAAUCCUAUGCAAUGGCUGUCAGAAACGUACAUGGCGUAACUCGCGACCUCCUGGAUUCGGUCAUACUUAGGUAAACAUUCAUAUAAUCAUAUAAUCAAACUCGAACAUGAGGCCCACGACGUAUCAUAAUCUUAUCGCCCUCCAGCGGGGUUCGCGAUUGCGUCUACGCCAGCAUCACCAUCCUAGCCUAAACAUUUCCGGGUGCACCUCAACCGGGUUUCAGAGAUGCGCCAUCCGCGCCCAGGCGCCUGGGAAGACGCAGGCGAGAGUAAGAUACUUCAGUAGCACCGCCACGCUCAGGGAGCAGCAGGCAGAGGACUCUGAAAACUUCUGGCGUGUUUCGGCGGACGACUCCCAGUUUUGGGACGACUACGUUUCGACCCGCCCGAGCUACAACACCGCCUUCUACAACGAGAUCUACGCCCACCACAAAGCGCACUCGUCCAAGUGGGAGGUCGCGCACGACGUGGGCUGCGGAGCCGGCCAGGUCUCUGCGGAGCUGGCCUCGCGCUUCUCCCACGUCGUCGCCUCAGAUAUCAAUGAUACCCACCUAGCCGUUGCUAAGCGCCGAUUGGCGCCCAGCUUCGGUCCCGAGCAUAUCUCGUUCACGCACGCUAUGGGCGAAGAUCUGAUCAAACAUCACCCACCCGGCUCUGCCGAUCUCGUCGCUGCGGCCGAGGCCAUGGUGCUCAUGGAUGAGACGGUAGCGUUGGAGAAUUUCAAGCGCUUGCUCCGGCCUGGCGGCACACUGGCAUUUUGGUUCUACGGCCGUCCUACGUUCUCUGAUCUGAAGCUGCGUGCCCAGGCCCAGCCGCUAAUCGACGCUAUCAUGGUGCGGAACUGGUCCAAGGUGAUCCGUGGCAGCGGCGAGCGGCGUAUAGCAGGCUUCAAGAGAGCGGCAGAGGGUAUGGAGUCGUGGCUCGACUACGUCCCUCUGGACCCGGAAUCGUGGACGGACGUGAGGCGCAUCAAGUGGAAUACCAGCGCGACUCUACCCUUCUUCGGCGAAGAGGCGUGCGGGUUCCCGAUUCACCCCACUAGCAGCGUCAAGGCUUGGGAACACACGGAGGAGCGCGAAGAUCCGGAAUGGUGGAGAAACGACUGGGACAUUGCCGAGCUGAAGCGGUAUUUCCGCGUGCUCUUCCCGGGAUUCAAGGAAGCCGUAGGGCAAGGCGACGAGGAGAUAAACCGCAUGUUCCAGGAACUCGAGACUUAUUUCGGAGGCGAGGGGAAGGUAAAACAGUUUACUUGGCCCGCCGUGCUGGUGACGGCUACUCGGAAAUGAUUGGAGCAGACUGCAGCGUUUCAUCAUAGAUCUGGGAGAGUACCUAGCUAGCUGGCUGGGUAUUCUAAGACAUGCCCACCUUAGUACCCGUGCAGUCCGUGCAGCCCGUGUUGCGGGAUUUCUUAGCGUUACCGUUCAGCCGUUCCAUAGCAAUCUGGAGGCUAGCAAGGAGUAAGGAGAUCGAUGUUCAACUUCACGAUUAAUAUGAAUGAGAUAAUGACAACCAAAUGAGUCAAUACAAAUGAACCAUUUAACAAUUUCCUACCUAGGUAC